UUAUCAAGACAGUAAAAUGCAGGCAGUAAAUGAAUCUUUAUGAGGUCGUCAGCGCGACAAGUUACAUUGCAACAUCUGUUCACUUCCCCAAUUUCAAUCACGAAAAAUCCACCGAAAUGACGCCUCUCUUCGACUGCCUCAAAUAAAUACAUUUACAGAGAGAGAAAUCCGUUUGUGGAAUGCAACAAUAAACAUUCCCAAUUUCUUAUCUUUCUCGCUGCCGAGGUGCUGAAAUUAUCGCAACUUCCUCAUCUCCGGCCUCUCUUUCCCACCCAUUCGGGAUGCGACUCGCACACAGAUCAUCGACUCUCCCUGGGCGCGCGCAAUCACGACCGUUUCGGGGUUAUCUGGCCGCAGUCCGCAAAUGCACUCGCUCAGGAUGAAAUUUCAGCCCACAAAUCGUGACAGUUCGUGAGUGUUUUGUGGCGAAAUGGUGCUGGAAAUCCCUGAUCGGGCAUCGCGAUCACUGCCCGGACUCUCGACGAUUGCGGUGGAAUCACUGCCAGGAAGCCUCCAGACGUCCGAGGAAGAUGGAGACUUCGAUCGCAUCUCCAGCGCCAGCCUGAACGGCGACACCUCUGAGCCCACAUCCGCCAUCCUGUCCAUCUGCAAGCGUCAAUUCGUGUCUCCCUACGUCCACAUCCUGGGCAUCGCUGGCCUGCGACCACGCAACAUCGAUUCGCACGAUUCUCUCACUACCCUCGGCCACGUGCAGAGCGCCCUCAUCCUCGCCAUCCUCCUGGCCAGCUACUCUCUGCAGUACCUCUGCGGCUUCCGCCGCGACCGUGGCUUCACCACGCGCGAAGCCUCCUGGACAGCGCGUCGUCUGCAACACGUUACGGAGGCAGUCUUCAUCUACGCCAUCCCAAGUCUGCUGCACCUUCUCGCCUUCCUGGCUGCACUCACCGUCUUCCGCGUGGUGGCCAACGAGCAGCUGCAGAGCCUCAUCGAACGCGUCUUCAUCAGCAGUCACUUCCCGCGCCGCCUGGUCGCCUGGUGCUGGACGUACAAGCUCAGCGCGCUCGCAUGGCUCCUGGGCACCACGAGCUUCGUCAUUUUCACCACUGGCAACCAGUCAGCCACCACUGAGUGGUUCACGAAGCUCUCCGGAACGAGCCAGAUCGCUUUCACGGUGAUUACACGUCGCUCUUUAUCUCUCAAGAGGAGAUAUUUGCAUUUGCCAGUCGCUCUGAGAGAUUUUUCGAAAGAUUUCCUGAUCAAAUACCGUUCUAAAGCUAGAUUUAGAAUAAAAUACAGUUGCGUGACAGCAAAUAGCACAUCGAUUUUCACAAACAUGUCAGUAAUAUUAAAUUUUGCGCGUUUACUGGCGGCCGCGCUGUUCUUCCAGGACUUCCUGCAGGGCAUCGUGCUGUCCUCGUACGCCGUGCAAUGUUUUCUGCUGCGCCACUUCCUGCAGCGCGUGCGGGAGCGCCUGCUGGAGAACACCAUCGAUUCGCUCGAAUGGAUGCGCGAGAUGACGGAGUUCCAGAAGCUGCUGGAGCACUUGAAUCUCCUGAUGUCGCCGCCCGUGAGCCUCUUCGUGCUGCUCAACGCCAUCUACUGCAUCUCGGGCACGCUCCACCUGGCUAGUAAGCUGGACUUGGCCGGCGCGCCCGAGGAGAGCCUCCUUGGCCUGAUGAACGUGACGCUGUGGCUGCUGGCGGCGCUGCUGCCGCUGCACCAAGCGGCGUCUCUCACUACCAAGUGCCAGGAGAUCCAGUCGUGCGGCCAUGAGAUUCGCAUCCGGCCCUUCCUGCACCAUCGCACCUCCACGGACGACCUCAAUUCCGUGCUCAUCUACGCCUCGUCGCUGCGGAUGUCCGCUAAGCUGCUGCGAAUGCCCAUCCGCGGAGGCCACCUCUGCGGGCUGCUGCUCCUGGGCGCCGUGACGCUCAUCACGCUGGGCAUGUGCGGUCCUUGACCCCCCGCCGGUGUAACCUCAAUCCCACCGGCGCCCCCCAGCGGCCGCUCUCGCCGCCUAGCCACUUCCUGCCCACUGACCCACAAACACCCGGAUGCCGCCCGGAGCGGCCCCACGGCGGCCCUUUGAAGAAGAUUUGGCAAACCUACCGUGAGUGGAGUAGCUGCUCAGCACGGGAUCACACUGAAUCACUCAUUUUCCGCAAUUAUUCACCCAGAAUACGUGUAAUAUGUAAAUAACAAAACUCACUCACACUCACGCUCUGACACUCUGACGGCUAGCCGCGGUACUAGAUGCGAAGCACCGCAAUUGCAAUGCUUCGAAAUUUUCGCGUCUCUGAACGAUAAUUCCGCGUAAAGAAUGUAGAAAAAGAGA